AUGACACAUAGCCACAAGAAGAAAGCCCGCUCCUCACCUCGGAAACCCAAAACACCUACUGCUGUAGUGAAAAAUGUCACUACGGUUUCUCAAAAGACCAAAGGAGCUCCUCGUUACUGCAAAACAUGUCCAGGCCGCCCAUUAAGAGCUUCAAUUGAGUGCCAGCAUAGUGCUAUUUGGCGGAAGGCAAAUGCUUCCUCCAGGAUUCAGGAAAUUUCCAGUGGCAACAACGCUGAUCAACAAUCUGCAACCACUCCGGGCGAUAUUCUUGGACUUCUCCCACAAGCCCCGCCGUGUACCCCAACUCAAGGGCAUACUGAACGCUCAUCUAGAUAUGAAUCCAACGGAAUCCUGGGCCUUUCUCGUCCAAAGACCACACUGCCCGCCGGUGCUAGAUCCGAGUCUGAACACGAGCCAUUGCCGGGCUCAGGGCGUAACCCUGACGAAGAGUUGCCCUUUCCUUUGGAUCCGGCACUUCAGAUCACAGAUAUCAUGUCGACUGUUCACCGCAGUCAUGGUCCAUUAUCAUCGCCAGUUGUGUCUACAUAUGCUGCCAGUCCCAGCAUUCACAGCAGUGGACGUGGUCCAUUAUCAUCACCAGGAUCUGGUUUGGUAGCAGCUAACAGAUUGCGAGUGCGUGUUUCUAAAGAUAAUGCAACCUAUGGCUGGGUUGAAGGGGCGGGUCGUGGCCAAACAGUAGAACUUGUGCGACCACGUGAACUGCCACCUCCUCGCUCAACAACUGAUGAGCAGGGUCAGCGUUUCCGUCGUCUCAUGCCCGAUGUUAUUGCUGCGUGUGAACGAAUGGCAUCGGAAAGCAAUUGUUGGGUUUAUAUUGCAGGCCAGCACCCCAAUGCUAGGAUUCCUUUCUUGCAUUUUGCUUCACACCGCUUGAGACUUGAAGCACCAUCUGUCCUCGAUGAGCUUCAUGGCAGUGCAGAUCGUCUUUUUACCUCUCUUCUCAGCUCCCGCCGCCAAGAGGCGGCCGAACUUACUGACAAACUGUUACUAGCUCAAAAUCGGAUCAAGGAGCUGGAGUCUGAAAAAGUCGCAUGGGAGCGGGCCAAUGGGAGUCUCAAUUGA